AUGGCGAUGGAUCCGGCUUGCAAGGAUCUGCUUCGUCAAGCCAUGGACCUCCAGCUAGACUCGGAAGAUGCUCCUGCUCAUGAUCCGGCUCGGGUCAUGGCCAAGGCUCUGUAUGACUUUGUGGCAGAGCACGAUGAGGAGAUGUCUCUUGCUGUUGGCGAUGUUGUCCUCGUUGAGACAUGGGACGAGGGCAACGAGUGGCAGCAUGGCCACAAGAUCAAGAACAUCGCCCGCAACCCGAUCCUCCUCGGGCCUGUUGGCCUCUUCCCGUCCAACUUUGUCGAUCCUGUCGAGGUGCCGGCUCCGGCGCCGCCCGUUCCCGCCUUGCCGGCUAACGCCUCCUCGAUGUCCACGCCCAAGUCGAGCAAGGCGGGCAAGGCCAAGUCCAAGCUGGACUCGACCAAGUCGCCGUCUGCCGCCACUGGUGCGCUCUCGCCCGAGACCAAGGAACUGCUGCGGAAGCAGAAAGAGCAGCGCGCACUGGUCAAGGAGCAGCUGGCUAAGGUCGACGGCUUUGUCCUUCCGUCGGAUCUCCAGGCCAAGCUCGAAGACGAGACUGACGACUUUGACGACUGGUCGUCAGUUGACGACGCAGAGCCCAGGACCGAUGCAGGCGCCAAGCCGCAGCAGGCCAAGGUCACUCUGGCUGCGCCAGCGUCGUCAUGGGCUGCCGCUUUUGGCGAGUCCACUGCCCCGCUCCUCGACUCAUACCAGCUCAUCCGCGAGGCGCUGGAUGCCGUCAAGCUCCCCAAGUACCUCGAAAACUUUGAGGAUGCCGGCGUCGACGACUCGCUCCUUGCAGAGCUUGACCUUGCAGACCUCAAGGAGAUGGGCAUCUCGCGCCUCGGCGACCGCAAGAAAAUCCUUAUGGCGCUCAAGGCUGCCGGUGCCAUUGAGGCUAAGCCUCCUCUUGACACCUCCGACGUCGAUGUCGGUGUUGACGACGACGCCGACGUCGGCCGUGACUCGGGCGACGCCGACGUGCCACCGGCCAACUCAAAGCGAUCAGGUCGCCGUCGCAAGAACAGGCGCAACCGCGGCGCAGCCGCAGCCGCCGGCGCUACCGGCGUUGCUGUCGGUGCAGUCGCUGGCGCUGGGCUUGCUUCCGAUGACUCUGGCCCGCCGCCAGCCCCGCCCAAGCGAGUCUCUUCGCUCGCCUUUGUCGACUACGACUUUAAGGCUGCUGCCGCUGCCGAAAAGUCCAAGUCGGCCGACCGCCCGCAAUCAGCGCUGGCUCGGUCGGCGUCGCGCUCGCGUCGCGGCGGUGACCCAUCGCUCCGUUCAGCAGCGGCCAGGAACCGGGCCUCGCGGUUCGGCGCCUCGCCCGUCACCACCGACGACGCCAGCCCGCCGCCGCCGCCCAAGCGCGUGUCGUCGAUGGCAUAUGCCGACUACGUCUUUGACCCGUCCAAGCCUCCUCCCUCGGACAAGGCCCGCGACGGCGAGAGCGACGGCACCGACAUCAUCUCCGACGACGAUGUCGAUCCUUUCACCCGCCGCCAGCGUGAGCAGGCUGCCCGCCAGCGCCAGCAGCAGCAACAGCAGCAGCAGCAGAGCAAGGGAUGCUGCGUUGUCAUGUAG